AGCUUUUUAUCGAAUCACCGCACCGCGCCACACCAUCGCCACCGCCUUCUCCAGCUCCCCUUAAGAUCUUUAUAUUUUUUUAUUCCAUUCCAUCUUCUGUUUUUUUUUUUUUGAUUUGCUUUCCCACCACCAGCAUCAUCGUGAUGAACAUCAAGGACCUGUAUCUGCUCGCCUACAACGCUGGCAUGUGUGCCGGCUGGGGCGUCAUCCUGGCGAAGAUGGUGAAACACUUGGCUGACGGCGGCAGCGCCUCCACCGUCUACCCCAACGUCGCCACGCUGCUGUGCAUCUUCCAGACCGGCGCCGUUGCGGAGAUCGUGCACGCCGCGCUGGGCCUCGUGCGCAGCCCCGUCGCGACGACCUUUCUGCAGGUCCUCUCCCGUCUGCUCGUCCUGUACGGCGCCGUCCGCAUCGGUGACACCGAGGCCACCAAGAGCCCCGUCUUCGCGCAGAUUGUCAUGGCCUGGGGUCUGAGCGAGGUCAUCCGUUACUCCUUUUACGGGGCGAACCUGCUGAAGGUGAAGCUGGCGCCGCUGACCUGGCUGCGCUACUCCGCCUUUAUGGUGCUCUACCCGGUCGGCAUCACCGGUGAGAUCGGAUGCCUGUACAAGUCCUUGCCGUGGAUCGCGGAGCACAAGCCGUGGUCGGUUGAGCUGCCGAACACGAUGAACUUUACCUUCUCGUGGUACAACUGCGUGUGGUUUAUUCUGCUCGGCAUCUACCCGUACGGCAGCUACGUCAUGUACUCCUACAUGCUGGGACAGCGCCGCAAGGUACUCACGCAGGCGGGCGCGGAGGCGGCGAAGAAGUCCUUGUAA